AGUUCAAACUCUCUUAGAUUUUUCUAUGUAUAAAUCCAAUUGAGAAAGUGCUUUAAUAAGCUUUUAUAAUUUUAUGUGGUAUUACAUUCUGAAGAUAGUUGCUAAUAUCAUACAAAAGCAUUUUAUGAAAUAUAUUGAUCUAGGAAGCAAUCUGCCUGUAUGAAAUAAUUGAAAUAAAUUUUUAAUUCAUAAAUUUGUUUUAAUAAGUGUUAAUUAUAAUUAUAUUUACUAAUACUUAUUUUUAGAAUACUGCAUCAUUUUCUAGGAUUUACUAAGGUAUUUCGUAUGCUAGUGGAUGCCAAAAAGCCAAUGGUGGGACACAAUUUGAUGUUAGAUUUACUAUUUUUGUACCAUCACUUCUAUAAACCACUUCCAAAAAAAUACUCUGAAUUUAAGAAAAAUAUUCAUAAGUUAUUUCCAGUUAUUUUUGAUACUAAACAUAUUAUUUGGUCAUUAAGAAAGGAAUAUGAAAAACUGUUUUCUUAUUCAGUCAGAAGUUUAUCAGAACUUUACAACACAUUUAAAAGCAAAAGUAAAAAGACAUACUGUAUGUUCUUAAAUUAUAUUAAGGAUAUUAGUUAA